GUCUGCUUUAAUAUAAGAAUAAGAUACACAUUCUUCGAUAUUGUUCUCUUGAUUUAUUGUAAUCUCGAGAUGGAAUGGCCUCUUCACAAAACCCCAUUCAUUUCUCCUCUAGAAAAGUCUUUGGCAUUCUUGCCCUCUGCAAAGGGAUGUCACUGUCGGAUGAUUCGGGUGGUGGGCAAUCAUGUCGAACGUAUUGAUCUCGAUACCCCUGACGAUUGGGACCAUGCCUCGUUACUUAUUAAUGAGUCUGGCCCUGGGCUGAACAUCAUAAUGAUGCCUUCGUUCUCCGAUACUAAUAUGUGGCGGUUGCCGAUUCGGGAAGAUCAAUGGGUCAAACUCAUUGAAAGGUUACGCCUACCACACAUAUUUUGCCUCAAGAAUCUGGUGAAACAAUUGCCCAGCAUCACCUGUUUCACCUGCCCUGAUCCCUCCUACGCGGACGAGAAGCUCUUCAUGUCCAUGGCUACGACCUCGGCUGGCUAUAUUGACGUCCCCGGUGGCUGGCAACAGUUGGGCAUGUGCUCAAGCCACUGGGUUUCCAGGGAAUUAACCCACGGCCUCUUCGCCUCACUUGACGAGGAGCAGAUGAACAAGGUAGAGGAGCUUUUGCAGAGCGCCGUAUCGGAAGGGGUUGUUGGACACCCCUGCCUCGCUCUGGGCAUCGGCAUGGAGCUGAUGCUGCGACGCCUGAUCCGGCUCGAGCGUAAUCUCCUCAAAAGAUCUACAGAUAUGCAAUUCUCACUUCGCAAGUUCUCCCCUCAAAACAUGACGCGCCACAACUACCUAGACACAGAGUACCUGGACUGGGUCUACAAGGUUCGGCAGCACAGCGACAUGGUCCUGCAGGAGAUUGCGGCGACGAAACGACACCUGACCCAAGCCAUGAAGCGUUCUUCCCCGGCUGCGUGGGGUGGCGAAGCUGGCUUCAGAGAUCGGGUGGUAGACACUCGUUUCAGUCAUCGGUUCGAAGAUAUACUGAUCGAGCUGGACGACUUGAGCAGUAGGGUCCAGUCCUCGUUAAACUACCUGGUGCAGCAGGUCACCAAAGUGAAUUCACUGUUUACGCAACACGAAGCUAUGUCUAGCGGCAUGGCUGCUGAAAAUGGCAGGCGAAUCGCCUUCAUGGCCAUUCUCUACCUUCCCAUCUCUGCCAUUGCUGCCAUUUUCGCCAUGCCCAUUUUCAAAUUCGAAAAUGACUGGAGGGACAUAUACCUGCGUCCUGUAACACCAUCCAAAGACGAUGAAGCUUCAGGUACAGUACCAGUCGUUUCAGGCUACAUAUGGCACUACAUUGUGAUCUCGAUGGUUUUGACUGGCAUCACUACCGCAAUCCUGCUUUUUGGACAUCGUUUGAAGCGUCGACAGGACAAGACGACUGAGGGGAUCGCUCUAGGAGCUGUUAAAGCUGGCCCAAACAACUCAACGGCACUGACUAUCGCCCAGAAUUCACAAAAUGCAAACGGUUAUUGGAGCAUUGUUUGAAGAAGGGCGUGAAACAUACCGACCCACAUGCUUUAUAGACUGGGGACAUUUUCUCACUAGAUUACAUCUGAGCAACGGAGCUUUGAACGAAAUAAGUUUCAGUAUGAUCGGC